GUCGCGACGACGCGUGCGUAUUCUGUUCUACUUCCGUAUCACACGGGACUCGCGAAGAUUCGCGUGUUCCGCGCGCGACGUGACUUGUCGAGCGUGUGCCCACCUGUUCGCGUCGACGGACGUGAACACGAAAGGCAGUCCCCGGUGCGUUUCACGACAAGUGUGCCCUCCCCUCUUCCGGUUGACCCCCCCCUCGCUCUAAACAAGUGCUCGCGAUUACUCCGAAAUCGUCCACGCGCGUAGCUGCGAGAAGUAUCCGAGGGUAUCGCGAAGAGAGUACACUCAUUGACCUGCGUCGCGUUGAGGUCUUGAUGAAAAGCACAACUGUUUUCGAACGUCUCGGUCGUUCCACGAUAAAUAGAAGAAUCGCCGGAGGGUACAUAAAGUUCUCUGUGCACAACUGACUUGUGUUAUUGUACCUUCGUAUCAUCGUUCGACGAAGAGCACGGCUCUGUUCGGGUGAUCCAUUAGCCAAAUUUCUUUCGUGUUCGACUCGUUUUCGAUUCAACGAAGAGAUUAUUAUUGAAGACGAACUGUAUCCUCUAUUGGUUUGUCAUUGCGAUAUCGUUCUAUUUGCGCAGUCAUCCUCUCUGCGAAGGACACGACGGUGCUCCGGUAAUCCUAGCAGUAAUCGAGUAACGUAUCGAUUGAUCCGCAAGAUAAUCAUCGUGGAGGAUUAAGAGCAGCUGGAAUUCCCAUCUAAACGUGAUCACAUGAUUUGUAACGUGCCAAUGUGCCGUUGAUACGUCGUCUAGUGAGGGCCGAAAGGAGAAAUUCGUCCUGAAAGGAGAAAUUCACGAAGGAGGCGACGGUGCUCUGGGAAGGUUCGUUGAUUACCAGUGAAAAACAGCCUUGGAUUAUGACUAUUGGAUGACGAUUGACAUGGCGACGUCGUAAAAUCGACGCAACUCCACAUUCUCCAUGGAUCAAAAGUGAUAUCGCGGAAGAGAAAUGAUCAUCAUUGUGGAACUCCGUGAGAAACGUGUUCCUUAACGCGAUCCAUCUAUCCAAAACAAGCCAAGCGUCGUCAUGACGCGUCUGGAUCGCGCAUGAACGAUUACAUGCCAUUCCAAAGACCACCACGUCGACGAUUCGGGAUAAGCUGGUGAUUCGAACCACGUGUCCAACGUCUAAUAGUGUCUGACGUAGGUGGAUUCGGGUGCAUCUUAAUAAAAAGGAAAAAAAACGCAACACGCGAAUAACGUAAGCGAAAAGAUUGCAAAUGUGAGGUUCGUUAUCGACGUGGCAGAAAAAUACGCGAGUGCUGUAAAAAAGAGGCACCCGAGGGAUGCGUUCCACAGACGAAGGGUGGGGUCUUUGGUUACCGAUAAGGCUUAUCCGGAGAUAUGAUGGUUGGCAACUGCGCUCGUCGAGUCGUCAGUCGUAGUACUCAGGUGCCGUCGAUGAGAUCGUCGCGCCGCUCAGGUCGCAGUAAUUUCGCGAUUCACGCAUCAUUCUACAGCUCCAAGGAGGUAUCUUGAAAGUGUCGCUUCCGGGCCAGGUGUCCAGUGGUAUCACGUGAGUCCGAAAGGGUUUCGUAUUCGCACCCACAGCUGGAUCGUGUUGCAACGGAUCUCAAAAGACGCUCUAAUAUCCGUCUGGAUUCUAAAGUAUACGAAACGAAAGGUCGGAUAUCGAUCGCUAUCAGUCACCGCUGGAACGAAUUGAACAAGACUUCAACGGGACUAGUCUUUCCGCGUGCUUUCGUGUUGUUGGUGUGCUUAAUCCACGUGAUGAGUGUGUGCUCCUCGUGCUAAGAUUUCAAUUCGUUUCUGAGCGCGAACGUGAUUCGUGAAUCGAGAGUGUCCUGUGCUGGUCGUAGUUCGCCCGAGACCCUAGAAGUAGCUUGUUCGUGCACGUACUGUAGAGUUUGAGGGUUGACGCCUUCAAACCGCAAGCGUACAAUAAUCCUGUCUUCCUCAAGGAUAAACGAAACCGAGCGAAGGAGGCACCGACAUCCGGUUGCCAAACGGACUCCCAUGAAAAUGCUACAGUCGCUAAAUGCUCUGGCGGGUAAAAUCUCGCCGGGCUCUCCUACCGACAGCAACGCCAACAAGGUGCACAUGCAUAAUAACAACAAUAAUAACAACAACGUGCAUCACCAUCCCUACUCCAAACAGCAGACCCAGCCGUCCCCGUCGCACUCUGCCAACGGCGACCAAAAGGAAAAUACACCUCGUAAACAUGGUGCAACCAACACCAGAACUGAAGAAAAUAGAAAUUCCCCCGAUUUCAUCGUUUCGAUGUUGUUCGACAGAAAGGCGUUUACUCGUGCGGCCAUCUCGAAUGGAACUUCUUGCAAGUGUACAAGCGUGAAUCGCGUUUGCGGUUCGUGUGCAAGCUGACAAAAGCGAACUACAGAACUGAUAUCAAACCGAUUGCAACACACGUACGUCAUUUUGCGGAUAUUGGUAUUUAGACAUUAAAGAUAUUUUGGG